AAAUCUUUUCAAAAGCAACAAAAAACCCCCCAAACGUCAAAGGUAGGCCAACAGUCUAACAUUCAGUCUUCCGUGUCUCAAAGGAAGGCUACUCCUUUCCCAAAGGGUGGGAAAGCUAAAAUUGUGGAAGAGGUGGAGUCGGACGAUUUGAGUCAAUCGGACGUGUCAUUCCCAGAAAGUGAAGAACAGAGUGAGGUGUUCGAGGAGUCAGGGGAGGAUAGCAUGGAUGUGUCCGAGGAAGAAGAGGCCCCUCCCGUUCAACCACCCAAGAAGCAAAAGUCCCAGCCACAAAAAGUCGAAAAGAUGAAAGUGGCGAGUCCAGUGUCUAAGCAAGCCAGCCAACCCGUUAAGAAGCCAGAAAUGGGUGAGAAGGGUACAAAGCGGAAGAGGGAUGAGGAGACUGUCCCCAUGUCGGCAGAGGAGUUUACAGUCCAGAACGACCAGAAACGUCUCUUUGUCACAAAUUUGCCGGGCAAUGUGACUGAGGACGAGAUCAAAUCACUCGAUAAAAAUAUAGUCGAUUUUGUGAUAUUGGCGGCAUAUCGUAAGAGGAAGUGGUAUGUGGUGUCCAUUAUUCGUAGUUCGGUCAUUCUGGUAUUUCCCUCGGAGGCUGUGGUGGAGCGUGUUUUUCCGUUGUUGCAGGGGAAGGAUGUCCGCGGGAAUAAAUUGGUGGUGGACUAUGUGGGGCACAAGAACAGCAAGCGAAACCCGCAAGACAGUAUUCCUUGGUUGUGUAGUUCAGUGGGUCCAAUUGUGGAUAAUCGUCUGUAUGUGGGUAAUCUGGGAGAGCACUGCAACGAGGCCAGUCUGAAGGCCAUUUUCACGACUGCCACCAAGAUUUCAGUUCCCGUUAAACGGAGACAUAAGUUGAUUGUGUUAAUCACGGAAUUUAGUUUUGGGUUCGUGGAGUUUGCUGAUUUUCCGGCGGCCCUGGAAGCCUUAAAGAAGCACAAUUAUUCGGUGUUUAAGGGGGAGAAGAUGAUUGUCCAGUUUGCACGGGCCAAGACAGAGGAGAGCAAGUCGAAGGAGGAUUCCUCUUCUAAAAGAGUGAAGGUGGAGGAAUCGGAGAGUGAGGGAAUUGAUGAGGAGAGUGGAGAGGAUAUCGGGGACAGUGAGGAUGAUGAUGAAGAAUUGGAUGAUGAGAGUGGAGAUGAUUUGGAAUCAUUUGAUGAAGAAGAGGAGGAUUAAUUCAACCUAUUACUUGUUUCU